GUUUUUGUGACAUUACCGCAGGCACGAUCCGAUCAUAUUAAUUUUUCUGCUUUUUGUGUAAAAAUAAUUUAGUUUCUGAAUUUAUUUUGAUUAAUCACUUCAUUACUACAUUACAUCUUGUGUUAAACCUUUAACUCUAACUAAAAGUACGCGUGUAACUGGGCAUUAAAGAAUACGCCCUUGAAAACGGUGUUUCAAAAAAAAUUCUUAAGUCAGCAUAGCAACAGCAGGUCGAUCUAUAGUAUACCUAUUUUAGUGAAUAAUAAGUACAAUUCGCAGCACGGGUGCCUUUAUGAGAUGAGUGGAGAGGAUGCAUGGAGCGUUGAGAACCAAGACGGAAGAACAUUAAUCUGAUAGAUACUUAAGGUAUUAUAACCACGUGGUGCUUUUUGUUAGUGUAAGAUGAUCACCCGAAGAUGGUUCCAUCCGGCGCUAAACGGUAUGGACGCAGAAAAGCUGCUGAUGGAGCGUGGUCGGGAUGGAUGCUUUUUAGCGAGGCCUAGCAUGAGUAAUAAGGGUGACUUUACUCUAUCCGUACGGAGAGGGAACGAGGUUACCCACAUCAAAAUUCAAAAUAAUGGCGAAUUUCUGGAUCUAUACGGCGGCGAGAAGUUUGCUACAUUAUCGGAACUGGUGCAGUAUUACAUGGACAACCAGGGACAACUCCGCGAGAAAAAUGGAAAUGUUAUUAGACUAAAAACUCCACUGAACUGCGCCGAUCCCACCACCGAGCGGUGGUACCACGGACAACUGACCGCCAAAGAAGCAGAGAGAAUUAUGCUAGAGAAUGGAAAAAACGGGUCGUUUCUGGUCAGAGAGUCACAGCGGCAGCCCGGUGACUACGUAUUAUCUGUCCGAACGAGAGAUAGGGUUACACAUGUGAUAAUACGCCGACAGGAUAAUAAGUAUGAUGUAGGCGGAGGCCAGCAGUUCGACAACUUGGUAAGCCUGAUAGAGCAUUAUCGGAACUACCCCAUGGUGGAGACAACGGGGGAAGUGUUGCGACUAAUUCAACCGUUCAACGCUACACGAAUUCAAGUACGCCAUUUCUAUACACGCGUGAAACAGCUUCAAAAAGAAAACGAGGGUCCAAUCGAAAGCAUGGCGUACAAACAAGGUUUCUGGGAAGAGUUUGAAACAUUACAAAUGAUGGAGAAUUUACAAUUGUUUGACAGAAUGGAAGGCUCUAAGCCUGAGAAUAUUAGGAAAAACAGAUAUAAAAAUAUAAUACCGUUUGACCAUACUCGUGUUGUUUUAAAAGAUAUACCGAGCGAUGGCCCGGCAGGCUCCGAUUACAUCAACGCAAAUUAUAUUAGAUGUGACAUACCUGACUCGACUUCCGAUUAUCAGAACAUGUCAAUAUCAGGCGAUUCCAAUGCCGAUAAUACUGAAUAUGUUUCUUUGCCAAUGCGAGACAGUACGCCAUGUAGAAGUAAAGAUAAAUCAUCUCAAAUAUAUUCUAGCGUGGUGGUAAUGGAGGAAAAAAUGAAAGAUAGCCCUAAAACUCACGGGAAUGGAAUUCAAAAGCAUAUUGCGACUUUCGAACCGAGUCUCUUGCGGCCGAAUCCAAAUUAUGUCAACACUACGAUCCCAAAAUCAACAGUCGAGGCCGAAAGUCUUAUUGCAGAAAAUGUUUACAACAAAGUAUAUAUAGCAACGCAGGGUUGUCUUUCGACUACUAUCUACCAAUUCUGGUCCAUGAUAUGGCAGGAAGAUGUACGCAUAAUUAUAAUGACGACGAAAGAGAUCGAGCGCGGUAAGGUGAAGUGCGAGCGUUAUUGGCCCGACUUGAAUAAAACUGAGGUCAUAAAAAAAUAUUCAAUAUUGAACGAGUCCGAAUCGUCGACACAGGACUACACGCUGCGGCGUUUCGUAGUAACUAAGAAGGAUGAGCCUAACGCCAGGAGAACCAUAUACCACUUUCAUUUCACGGCGUGGCCCGAUCACGGUGUACCAUCUGAACCGGAUCGCGUUCUCAACAUUUUGUUGGACGUUAACUCCAGACUUACACAGAUCAUGACUGGAGCAGACCCGCCGGUUCAGGCAGUGGUAUGCGUGCAUUGUUCGGCAGGAAUUGGAAGAACGGGAACAUUUAUAGUCAUCGAUAUGAUCCUGGACCAAAUAAGGAAAGAGGGGUUCGACUGCGAGAUAGACAUACAUCGCACCGUGCAAAUGGUAAGGGAUCAACGGUCUGGUAUGGUUCAAAAUGAGGCGCAGUACAAGUUUAUUUACAUGGCGGUGCUGGAGUAUAUACAGACGGUGAAGCAGAGGAUUGGCUUCGGGGCAGAGCCGGCCCAGGACUCGCCGCGGAUCCGGGGCCAUCAUAUCGUACCGUUUUUAUGAAUCGUGCUAAGAGCGUAAAGAUAUUUAUAUCAGAAGCUUUAUUUAACGGGAAUAUGUAGGGUUCACGAUGAUAGGGUCUUAAAAAUACCUGAAUAGAGUAAUUUU